CCAACCAAAACCCAUGUUCAGUAUGCCGCGCGCCGCUCCCCGUUCUCUUUCUUUGCGCGCUCGCUUGAUCUUGUUCUGCCUUGUCUGCUGUCCUUUCAUUCCCUCUGUUGCUCCUCUGUCCUUCAAUAUAGACAGCUUCGACAUGGAUUUGAGCGACAUAUUGUACGAAGGAGUCGCGACGGCCACGAACGGAUACGUCGAUCUCACCACAGGCAAUCCUCCGCAUCGCUACCAGGUGGGCCGGAUUAAGUAUGCCAAGCCCGUCCACAUAUGGGAUCCUCUCACGGGGGGCCAAGCGGACUUCUCAACCCGUUUCUCGUUCACCAUCGACACUGACGGCUCUGCACAGUACAGCGAUGGCCUGGCCUUUUUCCUCGCUCCUGUCGGGACCCCGAUCCCGCCCAACUCGGCCGGUGGAUUCCUGAGAUUGUUCAAUGCUAGCACGGCUAAUGAGGAGCCUCGGAACAGCAUCGUCAUGGUCGAGGUCAACACUUUUGUGAACCCGGAGUUCGAUCCCCCAAUGCAUCGCAUAGGAAUCAAUAAGAACUGGCUCUUGUCCGUCGUUUCUAUGGCCUAG